CUGGUGUACACCUACAUCAAGCCCGGAUCAAUAUGGCUCAGAUGGUCCUAUGAAGGUCACUAGCAUUAGUGCAAGUGAUCCGAAAAGAAAAUGUCCGAUCCGUGAGGCCAUUCCGAAAGCUCGGGAUAAACUUGAGGUAGAGCAUAUUCCAGCAAACACUGGUGAACUUGCUGAUUUAUCAAAGUUCAUGGAAAAUUUUAACGAUGGUGUUCGUCAGUCGUCCCACUUCGCAUUUGAUCUUUUUGAUAUUCGUAUCAUCACUGAAACUAUCCCACGUGCCACUAGUGUCGUGGUGCGGAUGGUCGUCGCGUCAAAGGCUCGUAAAGAGAUUAUAAUCUCAGCUGGUGCUGACCAGCUUCAGUGCCUAUUCGCCAUUCUAUUCCAAUUGUUCUGGAUUUACCAGCUGUUGGUCAAAAUCUCCUUGAGCACUUUUAAUUUUUCCAGAUAUCUAAGCUACGCAACCCAGAGCGUGGGUUUUCUCUUGAGCAUCCCAGUAUUUCGGAUCUCUAGCUUUUUUAAGGGCAUGUGUGUCGAUUGGAUUGUCAAUGAAGCUUUGCCCACUGAGACACUCAAGAAGAUUUUUACUGAAGAUGGAUAUCUUUCAGACGUGGAGAGAUUCGAUGAAGCUGGCAGGAUGCUUGUCGAAACCAUGAUAUUGUACAACCCGCUCGCAACUGGCGUAUCCGUUGGUGGUAGCUUCCAAUACACCGCGCGAUGUAAAUUUAUAGCACUCGUCGAUUACUGCAAUGUCUUACUUGGACUGAAAUUUAAGACUUUGUGGAAAACAAGGUUAGAACUGGAACCCUUGAUCGUGGAAAGUAGGGAUGAGGAGAUCGAAGAUCAGAUUCGUGUCGUUGGAAAUCCGCAUUUUCACAUGGUUGAAACUUGUGCAAUGGGAAAGGUGCUCGAUACCAAUUUACGCACUCGUGGAUGUGAGCAAAUUUCCGGCGCAUUGGGGAGGACACCCUCAUGCUUCAUUAUAUACGAUUGCGGAUCUGGCAGCAGAGUCCAUAGCCGAGGGAAAAUAGUCUAG